CUAUGAAUAGUAGUUUAUAUCCCUGUCUGGCGUUGAACUCACAGAGAUCCACUUGUGUUUGCUUCCUGGGGGACUAAAGGUGCACAUCGCUAUGCCUGACCUAGUUUUACUCUGAAUUACUCCAAAAAUAGAAAACACCCAAGUUGUUAAACUGCCUCUAAAAAGUAAGUCAUUUGGGCCCAAAAGCUGGCUAAGUGGGUGAAAGAGAAGCUGACUUCUAUUCUUGAAACCCACAGUAAGAGAACUGAUUCCUGAAAAUUGCCCCCUGAGAACUUUGCCACGUACAUAACUGCUUAUUCUGUUGAACACAGAUACACACAUACACACACCAAAAAUCAGGAAAAAAAAAUGUUAGGAGAUAAGCAUUUUGGAUACAGGGUUUCAUGUAUCCCAGGCAGGCUGGCCUUGAAUUUACUAUGUAGCCAAGGCUGGCCUUGAACCUCGGCUCCAUCUCCCAAGUAUGGGAGAACCAUCUGCGAUACUGGAGAUGGAUCCCAGGGCUUUGUGACGCUAGGCAGGGACUCUACUAAUUGAGCCCUGAAUGGUGAUGGUGGGUAGUAUUUUUAUCCUGAAAACAUGACAGAAUCAACGACUGAGGUGUUAGCACCGUGUCCCGAGACACACAAAGGCAGGUCCACAUAAAGGUGACUGGAGACAGCGAUAACCGAAUGGACCAGACGGAUCCUUUUUCCAGGGUUGGCAGAUUGUGCAACAUGGCUAAGGGCACUGCGAGCGUGAGGGAGAGGCGGGAGAGAAAAGCUUUUGUCAGCUGCAUCUCCACCGGGGCGUCCCCACCCCCAUCCUCGCCCCACCGGUCCGCCAUCAACCAAGGCGCACCCCGGCCUGGUCCCGCCUCUCGCCCCGCCCCCGCAUUGCUCCCCCUUCAAGGUCUCGCUUCUGACCUCGACCUCUCGGCUCUUUUCUAGUCUCAACUCCCCUCUCGAGCCCACCCGAAAAAGGGCGCGACUGCGGGGACGCGGGAACAAACAAGUUUUCCCCUCUAGCCUGGAGAGCUCCAACGUGGCCGAGAACUCCAAGGCGGAAAUGGAAGUGACGUCACGACCAGUACCCCCCCUUUUCUGCGAGCUCUGAGACCUUCUCGGCGUUUGUCCGAGGGCUCUCCACACAGCUCGAAAGAAUAAACUUUCCGCCAUUGGUAUCACAUUGAGACGCUGUUUUCCAUUCUUGGACCGAGCGAUUCUGUUUGCUGCAGCCGAGCUUUGGCUGAAAGAUGGUCGUGAGCCACCAUGUGGUUGCUGGGAAUUGAACUCAGGACCUCUGGAAGAGCAAUCAGUGCUCUUGACCACUGAGCCCUCUCUCAGCCAUCUGUCCAGCCCCGCAGUCUGUACUUUUAACUGGACUUCUAGAUCUUUACGGAACAGAAUAUUUUCUGUGUCCUUCCCUGCUCUGCUCAUGCCUACCACAGGAAUAGGACUUCCUAAUAAUUUGCUGAAAGAAUUAAAGAAUAAGCCAGACCUGAGAUAGACCAGUACCUCCAGUACCUCCAGUAAAUGAAAUAGAAGAGGUAAGAUUAUUUGUAAUAAUGUUUUUAUUUUAACCCGUAUAUUGAGAAUACCAUUUUAGUACAUUAUAAAAAUUCAGAUGCUUACUUUCUUUCCAGACAUGUUUGAUUUAUGUUUAUAAUAAAUGAGAUGAGUAGUUGUAAAAGAUUCAGAACCCGGGGUGUAGAGUGUAUGUUUAGCUUGAGGCCCUGGGUCUAGGUCAGUCCCACACGGGGAGGGAAUUUAGCCCCAUGGCAUAGUCCUUGGCUCAUAUACACAGAGCCUUGAAUUCUGUCCUCAGCUGAUAUCACAUAAACCAGGUCGGGGGCGGGGUGGGGGACACAUCUGUGAUUGUGAGAUAGAAGCAGAAGGAUCAGUGGUUCAAAGUCGUGCUCAACCAACCACACAGUGCAUUCAAGGCUAGCCCUUGUAUUACAGGAUAGUCUGUCCUUAAAAGAAGAAAGAGGGAAAAGAAAAUAAGUGGAUUCAGUAGAUAAGAUAUUUCAAGCUUGUUUUCUUCUUUAGUUUUUUAAAGAAAGGUUGUCUUUCUGUAGUUGAGGCGCUAACUUACAGUCUUCCUGCCUUAGCCUCUUAAGUGCUAGUUAUCAGUGUGUGCUAUCAGGCCCUGGGCCUGAGUUCUCAAUGACAGUCAUGUUGACUUUAAAAAAAAUUUGAAUUUUAGUUUUUAAAAUUAAGUCAUACUAUGUACAUACGCAGUAGUAAGUUACAUAUGGAACCAGUGGCUCCUGAGCAGGGCUGUGGUGGGUCCAUAUUUUCUCGUCAUGGUAGGGAGCAGUAGCAAUGGUAGAAAUCAAGCUUUGUGGACAAACUCAGCUUCAUCAAGUCUCAGUUCAUUUCCAAACCGGGUAACACCAGGCUGAUCACUAGUGCUGCCUGAAUGUGGGUGUUCCGGUGCGGGCAACGGUACCUCCCAUGUAGGACGGUUACGGUAGCACGUGGGCUGAUGUAAAGGGCCUAGCACACCUUCUGACAAAUGUAGCAAAGGUCAGUUGGUAUGAGUACGGCUAUGUUAGUGAGUAGAUGUUUGCUGGCGGGUUUCACGUAUAUAAUCUGCAGAGAGCAAGCACUACUGUGUGAUGUUUGAUGACUGACGUUCGAUGUUGUUGAUUAACGAUUGAUGUGAACAGGACUCCAUAUAACCCUGUAUUAAGAGGAAUGGAGAUUGCCUCUGUCCACUUAGAUUCAUAAGCUGUCCCGAAGUGAUCUUGGCCUCAGGGAAGGGAGUGUUCAGGCACAUUUCACCAUCAGCAUCACGGGAUGGCAGCCAUUGACUUGUCCCAUGGCCUUCUUCCUAGAGAGCCUAUCUACGUCUACGAAGCAAACAUAGAGGUAGAAGGAACGGUGACUGACAACCAGGCAAACUGUUACCAGGAUUCAGUGACCUUCGAUGAUGUGGCUGUGGAGUUCACCCCGGAUGAGUGGACUUUACUGGACCUGACUCAGAAAAAUCUAUACCGAGAGGUGAUGCUGGAGAACUACGAGAACUUGACUUCAGUAGGAUGUCAGUUCUUCAUUCCUAGUCUGACUCCCUGGCUAAAACAAGAAGAGUUAGGGGUGGCAGAAAGUGCUCUCCCUCAGCAAUUGGAACUGCAGCCUACAAUUGACGACUCAGAGCUGGAGAAUUAUUUUAGGAUGCAAAGUUCCAGUGCAACAGAAAUGGUGGGCGAUUCAUCCCUUCAAGAGCAGUCAGGAAACCACAGUGAAGGGGACCUGCGUGACUCUAAGCCAUGUGGAAAUGUGUUGGGUGAACAAUUAUGCCUUAACACAGAGGUGAGCACGCAAAGUCAAGGCUACAGUUCUGAGUGUAACUGGUAUGGGAAAGACAUUCUUUCUUUGCUCAAGGAAACCUCUACUGGACAGAACGUUUCUGAGCUUAAUCAGUGUGGGAAACUCUUCAGUCUGACUCCAAACAUCAUGUACCCGAGCACUAGCACAAACGAGAAGCCCUUCGAGUGCACAGACUGUGAGACAGCCUUUUUCAAUCAGUCUUACUUUCAGCCAGAUAUGAGGCCUCACAAUGGAGGAGAGCCCUAUGACUGGAGUAAAUUCGGGAAUGGUUUCAUUCAUCCUACAAGCCUUGCUAUGCAUCUUCCAAUUCUCAAUGCAAGAAACCCCUACAAAUUUGAGGAAUGUGGAAAGGACUUUCAGUAUUUUGCAUGCCUUAAUAAUCCCAUGGGAAUGUGCACUGGAGAAAAAUUCUGUGACUGCAAGGAAUGUUGGAAAGCCUUCACGGUUUCCUCACACCUAACUCAGUAUGUAUCGAUUCACACUGAAGAAAAAUCCAAAGUGUGUAAGAUAUGUGGGAAGUCCUUUGCUAAUUAUUCUCGACUUUCUGCACAUGUAAAAACUCACAACGAAGAAAAGCCCUUUGUAUGUAAGGAGUGUGGAAAGGCCUUUAAAAAUAUGUCAUACCUUAAUGAUCACGUUAGGAUUCACACUGGAAUAAAGUCGUACAAAUGUAUGGAAUGUGGGAAGGCCUUCCUCCGAUGGUCAGGCCUUACUGAACACAUAAGAGUCCACACUGGGGAAAAGCCUUACGAAUGUAAGGAAUGUGGGAAGACUUUUUCUAGAUCUACUCAGCUCACUGAACACAUAAGAACACACACUGGAAUCAAACCUUAUGAAUGUAAGGAAUGUGGCAAAGCCUUCACUCAGUACUCGGGCCUCGCCACACACGUACGAAUCCAUAGUGGAGAGAAGCCCUUUGCAUGUAAGGAAUGUGGGAAGGCCUUUACCAGGACCUCUGGCCUGAUUCAUCAUGUGAGAACUCACACAGGAGAGAAGCCUUUUGAAUGUGUUCAUUGUGGGAAAACCUUCAUUACUUCCUCCCAUCGCACUAAACACCUGAAAAUUCACAGUGGCGAGAAGCCCUUUGUGUGUAACAUAUGUGGGAAAGCGUUCAUAUAUUCCACAUCCCUGAACAUCCACAUGCGAACCCAUACAGGAGAGAAGCCCUAUAUAUGUAAACAGUGCGGGAAAGCCUUCGCUGUUUACUCACGACUAAGGAAACACAGCCGAGUUCACACUGAGGAGAAACCCUAUCAAUGUGAGGGUGUGGGUGUUGCUACUUAGCCCGUCUGUUGCCACCUUUGAGUAUUGACAGUGACACCAAAGAUCAUCAGAUUAGUCUUAACUGCUUCGUGUGGGCGACAGUGGCUCACACUGGCCUUGAGACACCAUCCUAAUUUUUAUGAACUAGGACAUUUAGGUGCCCCCUCAAACUUUUCUUUUGGGUAGUGCUGAGGAUUGACCUAGAACAUCACACACGCUAGGCAGGCACUCAAUCGCUGAGCUACCUUUUCCAGUUAUCCUGGAACCCUUUUUUCAUGGAUAUCUUGAGUCUGAGCACUGUGGGUCAUAAAUGAGGCCAGCAUACAAGGUGGCUUCAUUCCGAUGCUUGACUCUUCGUGAUCAUAACGUUUCUAAAUGCUAUGAAAUAAGACAGAUCUGACCCUUUUGUUGGUUAAUGGCUGCCACUGUGGCUUGUCAAUGUGAAAACUCACUGCAAGUCAAGAUAAUGCAGGACACAAUUAUCUUGUGGAAAGACUCUCCUAGGUAACUACUCUGACCCCAGUGAUUCUGAUGAGCACACCAAGAAAUAGUUCCUGAUUUUAAUAGCUAGUCUGUUUACAGACGUUAACCCUGUGAUCCUUUAUAAAACUCAGAAAGUCCAUUCUGUCCCAUCUUUUGGAUCCAUUUUGGACUGAAGUGACAGUAACUUUGUCCAUAUUCCUCAUUUGGUUGGGCUUGAUUGUCUGAGGGUUGAACUCAGGGUCUUGUGGACGCUAGGCAAGUAUUCUGCCACCAAGCUGCAUUCUUAGCUGGCUUAGUCUCUUAGUGCAGACUUUUCAGUUAUUGUAAUGUGGAUAGGCUGGGUUUGUUAAGGUACAGUUCUCUUUUGUUUUAACAAUUCCUUAGCUUCAGUGUUCUCCCCUUUCAUAUCUUAUUAAAGCACUCAGGAGAAACCAAGUUGCUCCAAGUUUGAACACUUUAAUUACAGAAAAGUUUCCAGUUCUAUCGCUCUCAAGUUCUAACUUCCACACAAAAUGCUAGAAUACAGAUCUGCUUGGUUCAAGAUCACUACAUGGCACUGGUUGGUUUUCUUCCUGUUCUAAUCACAUGUUCCUUCUUCCUAACUAAGGGAGUCCUUACCAGAAUAGCCUCUACCUGUCACUCAGCUUCAAGGCUACUUGCAUGUGUUUAACUGCUAUUUUUACAGCAGUGCCACAAAACACUAUAGCCAGUGCUGGCAAAAUGGCUCAGAAGGUAAAGGUGCUUGUGAGCAGGAACUGAGUUUGAUCCCAGGAACACUCAUAGUCAGAGGAGAGCAGAGUGCUACACAGCCUCUGCUUCUAGACACAUACCACAGCUGCACACGCUUGUACACACCGUACAGAUAACACACAACAGCAUAAACCAAGUUGCUUUGAAGUUCCCUUCUAAAGAAAUGAAAUUUUAGGUUAGCAUAGUAUUGGGUUUUAUUAUGGCGUUGUCAUAUCUAUAGACCAUUAUACUUCUCAUUAGCUUACCACUUUUGGAUAAAACCUUAGGGCUGCGGGUUCCGCUCGGUGGUGGUAGUUCUUGCCUGGCAUGUGAAUAGCUAGUUUUUAUCUCCAUCAGUGGACAGACCGUAUACAGCAAUCUAUUUUCUCACACAAGAAUAGCAGCAUGGGAGUUAGUGAGAGGAUGGUUCAGAGGGCGAAGCUCUUGCCCUGCAAACACAAGGACCAGAGUUCGUUUUCUCAGAACCCAUUUAAGUGCCAUGGAGGCCACCUGUAAUCCCAGAGCCUGGGAAGUUAGACGGGAAUCCUCAGGCGAUUGGGGAGUUAGGUUACUUGACUCUACGAGCUUCGGGUUCAGCAACAGACCCUGCUUCAGUACACGAAAUGGGAAGUGACUGGGAAAGCUGGCAUUACCUUCUGGAUUCUGCAUGCCACGUGCAGAUGCGGGAACACCAACACGCACACGCACACACACGUGAAAACAGGAACGGCAUGUUUGGCGGCUUUCGGAGUAGACUCUUCAUGGCAUGCAGUCGCUUUCACAUGACAGAGCCUGAAAAUGAGGGUUUUUUUAUCCUCUUCUGAUAAAAACCACAGCAUUGUGGGAUGAGGUUUCCCCUCAUUGUCCUGGACUAUCAGAUGAAAUUCUAAAGACCCGAUCUGAACAGUCAUGCCGAGGGUUAGAUUUAAUAUGAAUUUGAGAGGGUCAUAGAUUCUUUUGGGCCCCCAGACAGGUAAUCCUAUUUGUAGAUAAUGAUUUUUUUUUCUAUUUUAGUUGUUUCCUUACAUAAAUUAGUAUGAUGUCCAGCACACUAGUGAAAGUAGUUAAAGCAUAUUUUUCUUUAGAAUUAUAAUGAGGUAUGCUUUCCAUUAUACUGAUUUGCUUAUUAGGAUAGAGGGUUGUUUUAAUAUCUGGAUUUUUACAUAAUGGUUUUAUAGUCUUUCUUUAUUUGUGAGGCAAAAUUCCCCUUUGAUUUAUUAAUUGCUUUCCCUGUAUCCUCUGAGAUGACCACGCUCAUUUGCAUUCAAGUACCUAGGAUUUCAUUGUUUCAAAUAGUAAAUACUGGAAUGAUUAAAGGACUCUAAAAUAAAGGCAGUCAUUUUAUCAAAGAUUGUAUAUUAGUUGCCUGAUGUUAAUUUUAAGUUCUUAGAUGCCUUCAACUUGGCCAUUACGGUUCAUUUUUGUUCUGUGGGACUGCUGAGGAUGGAACCGACCCGGAUGAGGCAGCCCUCUGCCACCGAGCGGUCUGUAAUCUUGAGCCGAAUGGAUCGUUUCUACUACUUAACGUUGCUUAUGCUUACUCACAUGAAGAUUGUCAUAGAUAUUCUCAAGUAACGAUGGCAUACAAGUUUUCCUUAUAUGUAAGAAGAAAUGGCGCAGGGGUAGGAAGAGUGCGCCUGUUCAGCAGUGCACAGGACUGUCUGUGGUCUCAGUCCUCAGUGCCACCAAAACAGCCAGACUAAAAUGAACUGACUGGCUCUUAGCUGUAGAUUAGAACCGUGUCAUUUACUGCCGUGAAUAUAUUCCUCUCCUUUCCCAAAUUAUAAACCUGUUCAGUUAUCCUGAUCUAGAUUAAUUGAUACUGUUUUAGGUACCCAUUUUCUAUUACCAUAAACUGCACAGCAUCUUAUGUGUAUGGGACACCUAAGAUUUACAAUAUCAUUUAAAUUUUUUCGAGUAUAUUUUUCUAGGCAUGCUUUCAUUUUCACAUUUGAAAUUUAUUUUUUUUCUUGUAUUCCUGAUGUUUCCUGGUUGUAUAAUUAAUUUACUUUGGGUCUGCCUUGCAUUCUGCAAUGAUUUCUUGUAAUUAAAUUGAGUUAAUCUUCAACCAGUAUUCUUUUGGAGAGUAUUUGUCUCAAACUACAGCAUGUUGCCUCACACUAAUCUUAGGGACUGGGAAGCCAAGGCAGGAGGGUCACAGAUUUAAGGGUAGCCCAAACCUGGGCUACCUUGUGGACACUGUCUUAAAAAGACAAACAUGAAAAAUAAGACAAGACAAAUGUUCCCAAAGGAGGAGUUGGGGCCUGGUAGAUAAUUUGGGAGGGAAAAAAUUUGUCUUGAAAUAUUUAAACUUUCCAAUAUAGUUUUUAUUCCGUUGACUCUGGCAGGUAUUGACAUGGCUAGAUAGUUUAAUUUUUGUAUCCUUGGUUAAAAAAAAUUUAGGGGUGGGGUGCUAGGAUUCAAACUGAGGGCUUUACACAUGCUAACCACUGACCUAUAACCCAGGUGUAGAUGUGUCUUUUAUAUAUACCUUAGUUAGAGUUUUAAAACUCUGAUUACUUGAAAGAUCCUAAUUAACAAUUCUUUUAGACCAUUAUGUAUAAUGCAAUUAGUAACAAAAUUGGAUUUUUAGCAACUUUUUUCUUCUGUAUUUGUUGCAUGUACCUUUUCUGUAAUGAUGUUUUUCACUGAAAUUUCACCCAGUGCUUGGAUUUGUGUAUUCCAUUUAUCUUUUAGUUGCUAUUCUAAACCAUUAAAUCCAGUUUUAAAAUA